AAAUGUUUAAUUCUACUCAAUAUCAAUCAUUCACGUUAACAAGUGUCUUAUUAUUUUACUUUUCUUCCUGACUUAGCAACUACCAUCAAUUAAAUCAAUGGUUCAUAAAAGUAUUGUAGAGUAAUUCAUUCGCAUAAUAAACCGAAAACAUGUAAGGAAACAUUUGUAGAAUUAACUUAUUUGAGGAAAAUUAAAUUCUUUUAACACAAUCUAGAAAAUUGCUCCAUCGUUAAAAAAAAAAACGAAAAAAGAAAAAAAAAAAUUGUUACCCCUGUCCGACAACUUCGUUUGGAAUUGUAAUUUGGUUCCACGAAAAACACAGACUGAAAAAAUUCCUAUGAAAGAUUCUACCUUUAUCCAAAACUCAGUUACCCUCACUCAAAAUUCCACUGUAUAAAUAAUCAAAAUUCAAAAUUUCUGGGUUUAAAAAUUGAUGGGUGUUGGAGGAAAUUUCUGGGAUGCCCUAAAACCCUACGCUCGAUAUGAGGGUUUUGAUUUUAUAAGGAACAAGAAAGUUGCUGUUGAUCUUUCUUUAUGGAUUGUUCAACAUGAAACUGCCCUUAAAUCUUCCCGUGUUCGAAAUCCUCAUCUACGCCUCACUUUCCUCCGUACAAUUAACCUUUUUUCUAAGUUUGGAGCAUAUCCUGUAUUUGUUGUGGAUGGGAAGCCAUCACACUUGAAGUCUAAAGCAAGGAUAGCACGGUAUUUCCGAUCCUCUGGCAUUGAUCCCAAGGAUAUGCCUGUUGUGGAAGAGGGUAUUUCGGUUGAUCGGAACAAGUUUUUUGUUAAAUGUGUGGAGGAGUGUGUGGAUCUUCUCAAGUAUCUUGGUAUGCCUUUUUUUAGAGCUAGAGGUGAAGCUGAAGCACUUUGUGCUCAAUUGAACAGUGAAGGUGCUGUAGAUGCUUGCAUUACAUCUGACAGUGAUGCUUUACUUUUUGGCGCUAAGUGUGUGAUAAAACACGUGGAUCCUAAAUCCACGAGACCAUUUGAAUGCUAUUAUGUGGAAGACAUCGAAGUUGGUCUUGGCCUGGGAAGAAAACACUUAAUAGCUGUUUCUCUUCUGGUUGGAAGUGAUCAUAAUAUAAAUGGAGUGCAAGGAAUCGGGAUGGAAACAGCUCUUCGUUUUGUAAAAAAGUAUAAUGAAGACGAAGUUUUACAAAGGUUAAGCGAAAUAGGUUCUGGGCACAUGUUUCCAUCUAAUGCCAAUUUUGGUUCUCCUGGCAAGUGUACAAGAAAUUCGGAUAUGUUGUUGCAGAAAUCUAAAGCCCCUCAUUGCUCUUUUUGUGGUCAUCCAGGCAACAAAUCUCUCCAUAGCCAAGUGCCUUGUGAGUAUUGUCAUAGCAUCACAGGAGUGAAUUGUAGUAAAAAGCCUCCUAAGUUCAAAUGUGUAUGCUCUAGUUGUGACAGGGAACGGAAGGAAAAGGAACUUAAGAAGAAUGAAAAUUUUCACUUUAGAGUUUGUAAGAAGAUAGCCAUGGAGUGCAAUUUUCCUUGCAAAGAGAUUAUUGAAAUAUAUCUGAGAAGUGAAGAUAUUGCCGAAUACAGUGCAGAUCUAUUGUGGAAUGAACCAGAUAUUGAAAUGUUAAUUGAUUUUUUGGCUUAUCAUUUGCAUUGGGAGCCAUCAUACAUUCGGCAGCAGAUAUUCCCCAUGCUCUCCACCAUUUUUCUGAGAGAUAUGGCUUUGCAUCCUUGUGAACUUUUAUUGCUUGAACAAUAUAAGUUUGACUCUAUUCAACGUCUAAAAAUUAGGUAUGGUCAUCAAUAUUAUGUGGUCAUGUGGAGGAGAUUUGGAUCAUCGAUGAGCGAUGCCAACCAUUCAGUACCUUCUGAAGGAUAUUCUAUAAUAUCCGCUUCUGAAUCUGAAGAGACUCAAAUGGAUGGAACUUGCAAUGGCUUGGAUGAGUUGCGUGUGCCUCAAAUUCACGUUGAUGGUGAAAGCAGCUUUAUACUAACAGAUGAAAAUUUAGAGCUAGUCCAAGCUGCUUUUCCUGCAGAAGUUGACAACUUUUUGCAGCAGAAGGAAGUGAAAGAGUCCAAGAGAAAAGUGUCCAGAUCUAGGGGAACAUGCAUAGAGUCACCGUCUUCACAUUCAGGCGGUGUUCAGCUAGCAAUUACUGACUAUUAUCGUUCAAGCAAACCACUAAAUCAGGCUAAAGACAACCAAAAUUUGGCUCAAAGUGAAGGAACUGGAUAUUUGAAAGAAAAGAAGAAGGCUUCAAGUCCAAGCCUUUCUAAAUCUGUGAGACGUCGGCUUUUGUUCAGCUAAAUCCCUUCCCUGAAAAUCUGUUGUCUAUAUUAACUUGUACAUCUUAUCUUUUGUAAGUCCUUGGUAUCGUGUGCCAUGUAGGUUAUAUUUAAGCAUGUUUAAUCUGCUUGUGCGAUUAGGUAGUGAGCUGGUCUGAUGGAAGCUAGUUUCUGAUCUCACUAACACGUGUAUAAAUUUAAUGGAUUUGGGUUCUCUUAAUCUUAUUGCAUGUUUAACUAUUUCU